CCCCGCCGGGCCCCGCCCCGCGCCCCCCGCCCCGCCCGCGCCCCCCUGCCGGGCCGCGCCCCCCGCCCCCCAUGCACCACCUCCUGGAGCAGUCGGCGGACAUGGCGACCGCGCUGCUGGCGGGAGAGAAGCUGCGGGAGCUGAUCCUGCCGGGCGCGCAGGACGACAAGGCGGGCGCGCUGGCCGCGCUGCUUCUGCAGCUGAAGCUGGAGCUGCCGUUCGACCGCGUGGUCACCAUCGGCACCGUGCUGGUGCCCAUCCUGCUGGUCACCCUGGUCUUCACCAAGAACUUCGCAGAGGAACCCAUUUACUGUUACACCCCGCACAACUUCACGCGCGACCAGGCGCUGUACGCCCGCGGCUACUGCUGGACGGAGCUGCGGGACGCGCUGCCCGGCGUGGACGCCAGCCUGUGGCCGUCGCUGUUUGAGCACAAGUUCCUGCCCUACGCGCUGCUGGCCUUCGCCGCCAUCAUGUACGUGCCCGCGCUAGGCUGGGAGUUCCUGGCCUCCACGCGCCUCACCUCCGAGCUCAACUUCCUGCUGCAGGAGAUCGACAACUGCUACCACCGGGCGGCCGAGGGCCGCGCGCCCAAGAUCGAGAAGCAGAUCCAGUCCAAGGGCCCGGGCAUCACGGAGCGCGAAAAGCGCGAGAUCAUCGAGAACGCGGAGAAGGAGAAGAGCCCGGAGCAGAACCUGUUCGAGAAGUACCUGGAGCGCCGCGGCCGCAGCAACUUCCUGGCCAAGCUGUACCUGGCGCGGCACGUGCUGAUCCUGCUGCUGAGCGCCGUGCCCAUCUCCUACCUGUGCACCUACUACGCCACGCAGAAGCAGAACGAGUUCACCUGCGCGCUGGGCGCGUCCCCGGACGGGGCGGCAGGUGCGGGGCCCGCGGUGCGCGUGAGCUGCAAGCUCCCGUCCGUGCAGCUGCAGCGCAUCAUCGCGGGUGUGGACAUCGUGCUGCUGUGCGUCAUGAACCUCAUCAUCCUCGUCAACCUCAUCCACCUCUUCAUCUUCCGCAAGAGCAACUUCAUCUUCGACAAGCUGCACAAAGUGGGCAUCAAGACGCGCCGGCAGUGGCGCCGCUCGCAGUUCUGCGACAUCAACAUCCUGGCCAUGUUCUGCAACGAGAACCGCGACCACAUCAAGUCGCUCAACCGGCUGGACUUCAUCACCAACGAGAGUGACCUCAUGUACGACAACGUGGUCCGGCAGCUGCUGGCGGCGCUGGCGCAGUCCAACCACGACGCCACCCCCACGGUGCGCGACUCGGGGGUGCAGACCGUGGACCCCAGCGCCAACCCCGCCGAGCCCGACGGCGCAGCCGAGCCGCCCGUGGUCAAGCGGCCGCGCAAGAAGAUGAAGUGGAUCCCCACCAGCAACCCGCUGCCGCAGCCCUUCAAGGAGCCGCUGGCCAUCAUGCGCGUGGAGAACAGCAAGGCGGAGAAACCGAAGCCCGCGCGCAGGAAGACGGCCACGGACACGCUGAUAGCGCCGCUGCUGGACCGCUCCGCCCACCACUACAAGGGCGGAGGCGGCGACCCAGGCCCAGGCCCUGCCCCUGCGCCCGCCCCCGACAAGAAGCACGCGCGCCACUUCUCCCUGGACGUGCACCCCUACAUCCUCGGCACCAAGAAGGCCAAGCCCGAGGCGGUGCCCGCCGCCCUGCCCGCCUCCCGGAGCCAGGAGGGGGGCUUCCUGUCCCAGGCGGAGGACUGUGGGCUGGGCCUGGCCCCGGCGCCCACCAAAGAUGCUCCGCUCCCGGAGAAGGAAAUCCCAUACCCCGCAGAGCCAGCCCGGGCAGGGCUUCCCUCGGGGGGCCCGUUCCACGUCCGCUCACCUCCCGCCGCGCCUGCUGUGGCCCCUCUGACACCAGCCAGCCUGGGCAAGGCGGAGCCCCUCACCAUCCUGAGCCGAAACGCCACGCACCCGCUGCUACACAUCAACACGCUGUACGAGGCCCGGGAGGAGGAGGAAGGGGGCCCCCGCCUGCCGCAGGACGUGGGGGACCUCAUCGCCAUCCCUGCCCCGCAGCAGAUCCUCAUCGCCACCUUCGACGAGCCGAGAACGGUCGUGAGCACUGUGGAGUUUUGAGGGAUGGCACUGCCCAGGCCGUCAGAGCCCCUCCAGAGGCCUCCCGGCGGACGCCAGCCCUGCGUGGACGUGGCCUCUGCUUCCACCGCACUGCCCACAUCCCCAACCUCCGUCCGCAUGCCUGGGGCCCCCACCCCACCCGCUAGACAGGGGAACCCGCCCCGACGGCAUCGCCACGCACUGGCUGGGGCGGGAAAAGGUGGCCCUGUGGAGCCGGUGGCCAGGAAGGCUGAGGCCGGCCUCCCAUGCUCCUGCAUCAGGCGCCCAGCCGUGGGUGGGGGCCUCCAGAUGAAGAGUUUAUUUUUGUAGUCCGUUCCGUCCUGGCCCCGGGCUGUGGCGGGACAGCCCAGCUCCCCCAGCUCAGAGCCAGGGAAGAGGAAGGUGGAGCCAGUCCCACCAGUGGGGUGGCCACGCCCAUGGGGUCACGUGCUCAGGGGUCACCCCCUGCAGGGACCUGAUGCCCUCGGGUGGGAGGGACCGAGGUCCACCCUCGGGUCAAAGAUCAACAUGCACUUUCUCCUUGUCGCCUGACAUACAUUUUAUUUUACUAAGACUGCUGUACUGAACAAGCAUAUUUAUCAUCAGGAGACUUAGGAUGGGUUUAAAGCAGGAUGGUGUGUGUGUGAACGGGCAUGAGCAGAGGUGGGCGUGAGCAAGCGGGUGUGUGUGUACGAGUCUGCACGUGUGUGCAUGUGCACAGAGGGUGUGGUGCCAGCUUGGGUGGGAUUGUGUGUGAGCAGGCGGGUGAGUGAUCGAGUACAUGCUGGUGCGUGGCCCAUGUAUGAGGAGGGAAGCAGCCCAACGCAAUAACCACGUCCCCCACCCGGGCCCCCUGCCGUGGCUGAGGCCACACGGCUUCCUGUGGGAGCCCCGGCUGGUCCCACCCCGAAUACCUCAGCCGUGGAGGCCAUGUGAUGCAGAAUUAACAAGGUAGCACCGAGCAUAUCAAUAAAUAUUAUUCUGAUAA